CCGUUUCCGGUUGCGGCUCCAUCUUGUCUAGUUGUGACGGUUCCGGGGCUCCUGUGGAUAAUUUUCAGGGCUGCAAUUAUGUCAGACAAAGACAAAAGUGAACUUAAAGCAGAAUUAGAGCGCAAAAAGCAGCGCUUGGCUCAAAUCAGGAAGGAAAAGUCAAGGAAAGAAGAGGAGAGAAAGAAAAAGGAAGCUGAUCAGAAAAAAGAGUUGGUACAAACUGAAGAAUCUGAUAUUGAAAAGAAACGAAGAGAAGCUGAGGCAUUGUUGCAGAGCAUGGGCAUUACAUCUGAGCCCUCUUUUGUCCCUCCUACAUCUCCUCCCUCAAAAUCGGUGAGUACACCAAGUGAGGCUGGAAGCCAGGAUUCUGCUGAUUGCACUCUUGGGGCAAGACGAGGACCCAUUAAACUGGAGUUGGCAAAAAUCACGCAAGUAGACUUUCCUCCACGAGAGAUUGUUACAUACACAAAGGAAACUCAAACUCCAGUGAUUACACAAAAUACUGAAACUGAAGAGGAAGAGGAAGAUAUUGUACCUAAGCAAGUAAUUGAACCGGAACCAGAACCAAUACAAAAAGAAGAAGUUAAAGAAGGUGCACCACGUGAACUUACAGAAGAGGAAAGACAGCAAAUUAUUCACUCUGAUGAAUUCCUCACAUUCUUUGAUCACAGCACCAGAAUAAUUGAAAGAGCUCUUGCAGAACAUAAAGAUCUCUUUUUUGACUACAGUGGCAAGGAUUUAGAAGAAAAAGAAGGAGAACUUCAAGGUGGAGCUAAACUUUCUAUAAACAGACAGUUUUUUGAUGAACGCUGGUCAAAACAUCGCGUUGUUACAUGCAUGGAUUGGUCACCUCAGUAUCCAGAACUACUUGUUGCUUCAUAUAACAACAAUGAAGAUGUUCCACAUGAACCAGAUGGUGUAGCUCUUGUGUGGAACAUGAAAUUUAAGAAAACUACUCCAGAAUAUGUCUUCCAUUGCCAGUCAUCUGUGAUGUCAGCAUCCUUUGCACGAUUUCAUCCAAAUCUUGUAGUUGGAGGAACAUAUUCUGGCCAGAUUGUGCUCUGGGAUAAUCGCAGUAAUAAAAGGACACCAGUCCAAAGAACACCACUCUCUGCUGCUGCUCACACGCAUCCAGUCUACUGUGUGAAUGUCGUUGGUUCCCAGAACGCUCAUAACUUAAUCAGCGUUUCUACUGAUGGGAAAAUCUGCUCAUGGAGCUUGGAUAUGCUUUCUCAGCCACAGGACAGCAUGGAGUUGAUGCACAAGCAAUCCAAAGCAGUGGCUGUAACUUGCAUGUCCUUCCCAUUGGGUGAUGUUAAUAAUUUUGUGGUUGGUAGUGAAGAAGGUUCUAUAUACACAGCAUGUCGCCAUGGAAGCAAGGCUGGAAUUAGUGAGAUUUUUGAUGGUCAUCAAGGACCGAUCACAGGUAUUCAUUAUCACACUGCAGCCGGACCAGCUGACUUCUCUCAUCUUUUUGUCACCUCUUCCUUUGACUGGACAGUCAAACUUUGGACAACUAAGAAUAACAAACCAUUGUAUUCCUUUGAAGAUAAUGCUGAUUAUGUUUAUGAUGUCAUGUGGUCACCAACACAUCCUGCCCUUUUUGCUUGUGUUGAUGGAAUGGGAAGACUUGAUUUAUGGAAUCUCAACAAUGACACUGAAGUGCCAACUGCAAGCAUUACUAUUGACAGUAAUCCUGCACUAAAUCGUGUGAAAUGGACUCAGACUGGAAGAGAAAUAGCUGUAGGUGACUCAGAAGGGCAGAUAUUGAUUUAUGACGUAGGAGAGCAACUAGCAGUUCCUCGAAAUGAUGAAUGGACACGAUUUGCUCGGACACUGGCAGAAAUAAAUGCGAACAGAGCUGAUGCAGAAGAUGAAAUUACAGCAUGAAUAGCAGAUUAGAGUUCAAGGCAUGACUUAAUUGUAGAGUACUUCCAAAUUUAAUUUUAUCUUUUCCAAAUCAGGUUUGUAAUUUUUAUAUGCUUUUUCUCUGAAUAUAACUUGAUGGCUUAGUAAACCAGCUCCUAAACCUCACCCAUGGAUUACUGAGCCAGAUGCAAGAAUUUUUCACUUAACUAUUUGCUUUUUUAGAAUAGAUUCAAAAAUAUCAAAGUAACAACACAGGGAAUAAAAUUUGCACUUGCUACCUUUUGCUGAUUAUCUCUCUUCACUAAUAGUGGUAAGGGUAUCAACUGUCCUAAACUGGUCCAUUCUUAAAAAAAGACUGCUGUUGUAAUUUGGACAACUGUAAUAUGACAUGUGGACAAAGGGGCAGAAUAACCACAGUGGUUACAAUUUCUUGCUCAAAACCUUUCCCCUUUAAAGGGUCUUAAAAAGGAAAACUCCCAUCCCCCAUUACAGAAGACCCUUGAACUGACUAUCACUUAUUAUAUGUCCUUUCAAUUCAGUUUGAGUGCUGAGAAUUAUUUCCAGAAAUUUUACUGGCCUGGUUUUUGUUAUCCUGAGUAGGGCAUACUUGAGAUUAGAGUAUUUUGCCCAGUACUAUUAAAAUGGAGAAAAAUAUUGUGCUCAUUAAACUAACCAAAUGGUAAAAAUGACUUGGUCUUUAUAAAGUUGUGUACUAGUUUUAAUGACAGUUUU